AUGCCUACCUUGGGCGCUUCACCCUCUGUAUCUACUCCAUAUUUGGAUGCAGCUAUCGAUACACCUUAUACACCACCCUUUUUCGAUAUCACUUCAGACGAAUUCUCUCCUUAUCUUGCAUUUGCUUCAUUCAACAAUACACCUGUUCUCAAGCAAGAUCUGUGUGUCGCUGGUUAUUUAAAUAAUAAUCAAGACUCAGUUGCUGAAUUCAAUGGUGAUCCAACUGAAUUACUAAUUGAUAAAUCAAAGACACCUCAAAUGCCAGCUUCCAAUAGUCUAUUUGCUCCUGUUCAAAAAGAAGAAAACGAAGGGCUGUUUCCUCCAUUGGGUAGUUCCCAACAGACAGUUGAUACUGAUAUUAAGCCUGGAAUGGAUCAAGACCUCAAAGACCUUCUAGACUUGGGUUCUCCACUGAGUGACCAGAUGGAUGAAGGAUCAGAUGAACUGAUCAUCGAAGAAGAAAAAGAACCUGAAAGAGAGCAAUCUGAAGAAGAAGAAAAGACAAAGCGCGGUAGGAAGAGAAGACUGACAGAAGAAGACGAACCCAAGAAAAAGAGGACGUAUACCAAGAAAUCAGACUCUGCCAAGACCGUCGAGCCCAAGUUGUACCAAUGUCCUAUUUGCGAUCAUGUCUCUAAGCGUCGUUAUAACCUCAGUACCCAUAUCAAGACACAUGAUAAGAACCGUCUCAAGGAAUUUGAGUGCCCUCAAUGCUCAAAGCGAUUCGAUAGACGUCAUGAUCGUGAUCGUCAUCUUGCUACUGUACAUCGUGGUGAACGAUCAUUCGUGUGUAAGGACUGUUCAAUCCAUUUCAGUAGACGUGAUGCACUGAAUCGCCACUUGGCUCAACGACAUGAAGAUGACAAUGAAUUCGAUUAA